UGGAUUUCUGAUUGAACGUCUUGGUCUAUAUAAGGAGGCUCUGAAACCAGACAGGCAUCCACUUCUGGGAAAUCCAUAACGAAUAUUCUCUUUUCCAAGUAGUGGUACAGUACAACACGAACACUUCCCUCUGUCAUGGCCCGACUCUUGUUGUCGUUGGCGGCUUUCCUGGUCACUGCUGAAUUGAGCUCAGCCGCCAGUUUUUGGGACAAUCUGAAGCUGGAUUGCGGCGUAUCCGUGUGGUCUGACUGGGGACCUUCUGUCGAUGGGUAUCGUACCCGCACCCGGCAGAUUUACAGACAACCCCAAAAUGGUGGUGCCCUGUGCCCUAACAUAUCUGAAACUGACAAGGAUCCAUGGAUCAAACAGACAACUACUGAAAAGGCCGCGACAAUAGAGACUAAUUUUUUGUUAGGAUCUGGGGGAUCGUCUUCUGGUCGCAAACGCCGAGAGACGACAGUAAGAGAUCGUGACAUUCUCUUCAUCGUAGACAGCAGUGGAAGCAUUGAUACCCACGAAUACAACACUGCCAAAACCGGCUUGGCAAACCUAAUCGGCAAAAUCUGCGGCAAAAUUGGUUUGGGACCGCAGAGUAACAGGGCAGCUCUGAUUAUCUUCUCAAAUAAACCUCAGGAGAUUUUUGACUUUGAUGAUCACGACAAUUUGGCUGAUGUGCAGGCUGCCAUUCGCAACAUACCACAUAUUUCGAGUAGCACCUGUACGGGAGACGCUCUGGAGUACGCUAAGACAAUGUUUACCUUGAGUAAAGGAGUUCGACGAGAUCGGGAUUCUGUCAAAGAAGUGGUAGUCCUCACAGAUGGCGGCUCCAACUGUGGAGCUGACGCUGUGACGAAGGCGGCGGAGCUUCAGGAGAGUAAACGUGUGUUCGUCUUCGCUAUCGGUGAUUUCAGCCCUGCAGGCAGGAUAGAAAUGGAAGCGAUGGCCAGUCACCCGCCUUCAAAACAUCUGUUUCACGUGGGAUCGUUCUUGCAAUUUCAAAACAUCGUUGUGACAGUCUUACGCUAUCCAAAUAACUGUGCCCCUAUAGUGAUCAAUUAAAGCCCCUGUGAGCUCAAAUCCUAAUUUCGAAAAACUCCACCUGUACACGAUAUUGUCCUUCCUGACAUAAGCUGGCUUCACACCACACAUAAUACGUAUUCUUCGCACGUUGUCUUUUAAAUAUACACAUGAGCAUCGACUGCAUGCAUUGUCUUUGAAAUACAGUCAAUAAAUUUCUCAUUUUUGA